CUAAACGUUCACGUUUUGAAGGCGUUCUAUUUUGGCGCAUUCUGCUGUUACUACUGUAACUGUUGAGGCGACGAGGGGGGAAGUCUCCAUCGGCAUUCGGCGGUGCUGUCAUCGACGCUAAGUGAUAUUCGAGUUUGGCAGGCGCGAAAAUGAUGUCUGCAAUUGCUCGCAUGGCGACUCUUUAUGGUAGUAGUCGCAACAUUUUCCUUUGCCGCUCGGCCUCAUCUCACAUGCCACUCGCACUUGCUCGAGCGGUAAGUACUGAAUCAUCAAGUGUAGCUACUCGCCUAAAUAGCUCUGGGUUGUUGAAAAGUCAGGCCCUCAUCGGAGGGAAAUGGGUUGAUGCUCAUGAUGGAAGCACUAUAGAGGUGUACAACCCUGCAACAGGGGAGGUAAUAACUGAUGUCCCCUGCAUGGGAAAGAAAGAGACCAAUGAUGCAAUUGCUUCAGCCUCCAAUGCAUUUCAUUCAUGGAGCAAAGUUACUGCUGCUGAAAGGAGCAAAUGCUUAAGGAAAUGGUUUGAUUUGCUAAUGAUCCACAAGGAAGAGCUUGGGCAACUUAUGACACUAGAGCAAGGAAAACCUUUAAAAGAGGCCAUUGGCGAGGUUAGUUAUGGGGCUGGCUUUAUUGAGUUCUUUGCAGAGGAGGCUAAACGAGUAUAUGGUGAUAUCAUUCCAGCAACAUUACCAGAUCGCCGCUUGUUUGUUUUAAAGCAGCCUGUAGGUGUUGUUGGUGCAGUAACACCCUGGAAUUUCCCAUUGGCUAUGAUUACACGAAAGGUUGGUCCUGCUCUUGCCUGUGGUUGUACAGUGGUCAUAAAACCUUCUGAACUUACACCUUUGACUGCCUUAGCAGCAGCCGAGCUCUCUUUGCAAGCUGGAAUACCACCGGGUGUGGUAAAUGUUGUUAUGGGAAGUGCUCCUGAUAUUGGGGAAGCUUUGCUUGCAAGCCCACAGGUAAGGAAAAUUACAUUUACAGGUUCAACUGCUGUUGGAAAGAAAUUGAUGGCUGGUUCUGCUGCUACAGUAAAAAAGGUGUCACUUGAGCUUGGUGGAAAUGCACCUUGCAUAAUUUUUGAUGAUGCUGACCUUGAUGUAGCUGUGAGAGGAACUUUGGGAACAAAAUUCCGAAACAGUGGGCAAACAUGUGUCUGUGCAAACAGAGUACUUGUUCAAGAAGGGAUUUAUGACAAAUUUGCUGAAGUUUUUUCAAAUGCUGUCCAAAAUAUGAAAGUUGGAGAUGGCUUUGGUGAAGGUGUUGUGCAGGGCCCUCUAAUUAAUGAAGCAGCAGUACAAAAGGUCGAAUCACUUAUGCAGGAUGCCAUUUCAAAGGGGGCUAAAAUCUUAGUUGGAGGCAAGAGACAUAGUCUUGGCAUGACCUUCUAUCAACCUACUGUGCUAGCUGAUGUCAAAAGUGAGAUGCUUCUUUCAAGGGAGGAAAUAUUUGGGCCUGUUGCACCUCUUUUGAAGUUCAAGACUGAGGAAGAAGCUAUCCAAUUGGCUAAUGAUACCAAUGCAGGUCUAGCUGCCUAUAUAUUCACAUCAAAUAUUCAACGAUCUUGGCGAGUCACAGAAGCUCUUGAGUAUGGAAUUGUUGGAAUUAAUGAAGGAGUAGUUUCAACUGAGGUGGCUCCAUUUGGUGGCAUGAAACAGUCAGGUCUGGGCCGAGAAGGUUCGAAGUAUGGGAUGGAUGAAUAUCUAGAAAUGAAAUACGUAUGCCUGGGAAAUAUGAGUUGAUAAAACCAAGGCUCGAGUGAAGUCCUCCUCGCACAUAAAACUGCCCGGCCCCAUUCUCAAGCCGCCAUAAACUCGUUGCUGUAACUUUGUUAAGUUACAAAUCUUUGUUUUGUGCUGGGAGCUAUACUGUUAGCAGUUUCUUGAAAAGACUGGGUUAAUGUGAAUGUUGCAACCAGCAAUAAUAAUACCUGUGCUACUGCUGGAUAUGAAUAAUUUUGUAAAUACAACUCAUCUCAUGGUGCAAGGUUGUUGGGGUCAUGCGUUUAUGUACACUUACUUUAGCAAUAAACAAUGCAAACAUUUAGUACAUUUUGAUGAAGAAGAAAAUUUAUUAUUGCCAAAA